CACUGCGGCAAUCUGACCUGGCCGAGGGGCAAACAGACACCCUGGCCCAUGUUAUGAUUUUCUUGGAACAGGCAAUUUGGCAACUCGGCAACCCACUGUGCCUCCAAACAAUUCCGGCUUUAUCCCUAUUAAAGGGCCAUUCAAUGUGCUUAGAAGCGAAACCUGUGCUCGUUGAGGCCGUGAACAUCAAAGUUGUCCUCAAGAUUGGGAAAGCUGAGAAACACCCCAACUUGAAGAAACCUGUUUCCUAAACAACCCCCUUUUCAUAACUCUUAGUACUUCGUACUCGUCACAUCUGGGUAGAAAUCACGCAAUGACAUCAGGUUCCGUUGCAAUCAUCACUGGAGCCUGCUCAGGCAUUGGCGAAGCAUUCACCCUAGACCUGGUCAGCAAAGGCUGGCGAAUCGCCAUGUUUGAUAUCAAGCCCAAUGCGGACCUUGUUACAAAGCUUGAAGACGCCGUCACAUUCUACCAGGUCGAUGUCGCGGAUUACGAGAGUCAGGCGAAAUGCUUCCAGGAAACAUGGGACAAAUUUGGCCGACUCGAUCUGGUCUGCACUAAUGCUGGUAUCUUUGACCAAAGCUCACUGUACAUUUUGAAUCAUCGACACUCCGAUACCAUCCCACCAAAGCCAAAUCUCAAGUGCAGAUAUCAAUGCGGAACGAUUGUGGCCACUGCGAGCGCUGCUAGCCUUUAUCCCCAUCGAGGCUUCCCGGAAUACAGCGGCAGCAAGGCAGCGGUCUGGCAAUUUGUCCGUGCCAGUGCUCAAAUUCUGCGGAUGAAGGAAAACAUCCGCAUCAACUGCAUUCGUCCUGGAUCAAUCGCAACCCCACUGAUGCCCGCAGCAAUGGCCGCGGCCGCAGGAUCAAGCAUCACCCCAAUGUCCACUGUCAUUAGCGCCAUGAACAGAAUCAUCACGGACGAGUCGCUAUCAGGAGAGGCUCUCGAAUGCUCAGUUGACAAGGUUCUCCUGACUCCUGACCCUGAGCCUCUGAACGGAGAGACGUCUACACGCGCUUGUUUCGUCUGGGAUCCAAUUUUCCAUCAGAUCCACCAUGAGCCGUCAGGACUGCCGGACGCUGCCGAUCCCGUGCAAACAAAAUGACCUCCAAUUACCUUAUAUAUAAGGGGUCUGGGGUGUUUGCGAAGGUUGGAGUAGCAUGAUGUUUGGACGCAAGACUAUGUUAGAUUAUGAUUCGCUCGCUAUAUGACUCUGUGAAUAAAUCUCCCGCACAGCGAAGCGUGCUAUCUGGCUGCCAUAUACAUGUAUUUAGCUUAUGUAUUCAACGUAUUUGUCAAGUGACUUCCCUUCCGGUUGAGUUAAAAGCUCUUUCUCAUCGUUCGGAGGUAAUGCUUGCUUCUCACUCACAAGUGGUUCCAUGGUAAAUCAUGUCACUGGCAAUCUGAUGGUUCAAAGCCAA